CAAAAAGCUUCGAAAUAUCUAAUAAUAUAACUAUCUUCAAAAACAUCCGUAAGUGAAAUUCAUUGUGUGCUAAAUCAUUCUUGCAGCAACAUGUCCAUGUUCGAGUUUAUCAAAACUGCCAAAACCUUUAUGCAAUCAAUAUUGGCAACUUAUCCAAAAAGGGAAUUUUCAUUGGUAUAUAGAAUCCGAAACCUAUUUUCAAUGGGAUUAAUGAUCACACUCUUCUCUUGCCUGACAUACCAGGCAGUACUUCAAGUUGGUGACUUUCUCAAUUUUUCUAAAAGUAUUUUCUUUCAAAUAACUGUUAUGAAUAAUUGUAUUAGAGUUCUUAUUAUGGCUUAUAAAAGGAAGGAAAUUUUGAAAUGUAUCGACAUGCUGAAUACUCCAAGUUUUGUAACGUACAACGAGCAAUAUAGCUUCGAUUUCAAGAAGUUAAAGAAAAUUUAUGUUGGCAUUAUGUUCACUCAUUUUACUUUGGCCAAUAUUAGUUUGUUUGGCUACGCUACAUUUCCUAUUUUUCAAUCAAAUGCAUUAUUACCUUUGGAAUUUAGCCAUUUUAACUCGGGAAUAUUUUAUUAUCCUUUUUACUUAUAUGAAGUAAUUGCUAUGUGCACUGUUGUUUAUUCUCUAAUGGGAACAGAUUUUUUUAACUGGGGUUUUUUAAUGAUUUCUGGAUUUCAAUUGAGAAAAUUGAAUAGAAAAUUGGCUGAUAUGGGAGAAAAUGUUAGAAAACUACCAAAUUAUUCUAAAGAAAAUUUCGAAAAGCUUUCUGCGGAGUAUUUGGAAGAGUGCUGUUCUCAUUAUACUGAUAUUGAAGAGUUUUCAAAAUGCGUUCAAGAUUGCUUCGGAAUAAUUUACGCCAUACAAAUGUUAAGUCUAGAAAUUCUUACUUCCUGCUAUUUUUCUUGUUGGUACGAAUAUGGUACAAGUAUCAGACGUUCUCUUUUCAUUUUAAUGGAAAGAGCCAAAAGACCAAUAGAAGUUCAAGCUCUUGGUUUGAUUACUCUAUCUUUGGAAACCUUUAUUUCUAUUCUGAAAUGGACAUACUCAUAUUUUGCUUUGUUGAGGGAUUAUUCAUAAUAUGCUAAGCCUGAUCAUUUUUAUGAGUAUCAUAAUAAUACUUAGUGAAGAGUGAAUCAUUAUUUUAAGGUAGUUACAGUUUCUCGCUAGUAGUAAAAGUAUUGUUCCUAACACGUGCGCAAAGUGUCAUUCCCGCCCUUGAGCGAAGAAGAAACAAAAAAAAAUUUACACGUAAAAUGUCACUUUUUCGCACGCGUUCUACCGCACUCUGAUACUUUGGAAAAAAAUGUUCUGCUUGAAAAUUACACAUUUUUAACAAAUUUGGAUUGAAAAGUGAUUCGCUCCCAAAGUUUGUUUGCACCCGCGAUCAAUAUGCAUAAUGCUUUAAAUCAAACCUCAAGAUAGCAUUGCUACUUAUAAUAAGCAGUAGGAUAUUGUUGUAGUUUCUCUGUAUUUCAAUAAAAA